CUCCUCUUCUUGUCUCAGCUGAGAACCCAGACACUCCCCGCCUUCGGUUCAGUACUCUGCCUGUCUCUUGUGGUAACACAGCGAACCCCCUCUGCUGUCAGCCAUGUCUGCCAGCGAAGAAGCGGUCCCCGCCCAGGCUCCUAAGUCCGAAGAGCAGCCGCCGUCUAAAGAGGAGAGCCAGGCCGCCGAGCCCAAGAAAAAGACGACAGAGGAGCAGAAGCCAGCUGAGGAGGCAGCAGUGGAGGUGGCAGAGAGCGUGGAAGAGGCGGCGGCUCCUCCGCAGCCUGAAGUCACCUACAAAUCUCUGGUGCUGAGCGGACAUGGCGGCUAUGAUAAGGUGAAGCUGCAGAAUAAGAAGGGCACCCCCAAACCCAAAGCCGGGGAGGUGCUGAUCCGGGUCCGAGCCUGCGGACUCAACUUCGCCGACCUAAUGGCCAGACAAGGAGUAUACGAUCGCCUGCCAUCCCUGCCUGUCUCUCUGGGGAUGGAGUGCUCCGGUAUCGUGGAGGAACUAGGAGAAGGUGUCACCGAUAGACAGGUUGGAGACAAUGUUAUGGUCCUCAACAGGUUUGGUUUAUGGCAAGAACUGGUUACUGUUCAGACUAGCCACACAUUCCUUAUGCCAGCAGGAAUGAGCUUUGAGGAGGCUGCAGCCUUGCUGGUGAACUAUAUAACUGCCUACAUGAUUCUCUUUGACUUUGGCAAUCUGAGACCAAAACAAAGUGUCCUCAUCCACAUGGCAGCAGGUGGUGUUGGCACUGCAGCAGUACAGCUCUGUAAAACUGUGGAGGAUGUUACAAUAUUUGGAACUGCUUCUUCUUCAAAGCAUGAAGCACUUAAAGAACAUGGUGUGACUUACCCAAUUGACUACAGGACAAGCGAUUAUGUGGAUGAACUUAAGAAAAUCUCUCCUAAAGGUGUAGACAUAGUGAUGGAUCCCCUGGGAGGUUCUGACACUUGUAAAGCCUACAACCUGCUGAAACCUAUGGGAAAACUGGUAAUUUAUGGUGCUGCCAACUUGUUAACUGGACAAAAGAAGAACUUUGUUGCUUUAGCAAAGACUUGGUGGAACCAGUUUAGCAUAAAUGCUCUGCAGAUUAUUCCUUCAAACAAAGCUGUGUGCGGCUUCCAUCUUGGCCACUUGGAUACUGAAACAGAGCUGAUCACAGAUGUUGUGGUUAAAUUGCUUGACCUUUACAAGCAAGGAAGGAUCAAGCCCAAAAUAGACAGCAUAUAUCCUUUUGAGCAGGUGGGUGAUGCCAUGAGACAAAUGCAGGAGAAGAAGAAUGUUGGCAAAGUGAUCCUGAUGCCUGAAGUGCCAAAAGAGGAGGCAAAAAAAGAAUAAAAUUUAAAGGGAUGAAAUGCAAGCACAGAGUCCUGCAGAUUGUGAAAACUGUCCUAGUGUGUGUGUUUGGGGAAGAAUGUCUGAGCCCUCCUGUAAAAUGCCUAUAUACCUGCUCACUUGCCAUUAAGAGCAUUUUGGUGUGAGUGGGUUAUACUUUCAACACCCUUACCAUGCACUUGGGGAUAUUGCAUGUUGAGAAAUCUCACUUCAAAGUCUCUAAAGCCAAACUGUAGAGUUGGUUUUGGUGCUGCAGUUUUGCUUUACGGAAAAGGAGAAUUUUCAUUGUACUCCCUUUUGGUCUUUACACAAUAACAUUCCAGAUAUUGGGUUGCAGUUUUUCUGAGGGCAAGUAAAAUGUCAAUUUCCACCAUAGGGGACAUUUUUGAAGAUGGUUCAUAAUGUUAAUGCUCAACUAUUCAUACAAACUGUGGUGUCUGUUUUUGUUAAUAAAUGUACUUUGUAUUUCCAUUA